AAAUAUAUAAAACCACCUUUGUUCAGAAAAGAAUAUUAACUCCUUAUUUCCUUGCAUUACAUAUAUGCAAUUCUCUGAAGCAGAGUGAAAUUAAAAAAAAAUCCUUUUGUCUCAUUGCUGAAGGAGGUCAUGGCUUCAGGAGCAACUAAAUCAGCAGCAUUCUUGCUGUUCAUCAUCAACAUUGCCUUAUACUUUAUCAUACUAGUCAUUGCUUCAUGGGCAGUCAAUCAUGCAAUUCAUAGAUCUUAUGAAACAGCGUCUCUUUUAUCGAUUCCUGCUCAUAUAUUUCCGAUAUAUUUUCCGAUGGGGAACAUGGCGACCGGUCCUCUCGUCAUUUUCUCUCUGAUUUCCAGCAUGGUUGGCAUCGUUACAUCUCUAAGUGGACUAUAUAAUAUGCUUCAAUUAAAUGUUCCAAAUUUGCAUACAGCUGCUGCGUCUUCUGUCACAGCCUUGUCACUCACUCUUCUAGCCAUGGGAUUGGCAUGUAAAGAGAUUAACGUAGGCUGGACCGAUGCAAACUUGCGGACACUAGAAGUGGUGACCAUAAUAGUGAGCGGCACCCAAUUGUUGUGCACUGGUGCCAUUUAUGGUGGGGUUCAAGACAUUCAUGCACCAUCAACAGCCUAACCAACCCAACUUCUUUGAUCAUUUCCUAUGUUUGCCAUGAUUUUUAUUCUUUCUGUUGAGAAUUUCUGAGCCUUUCAGAUGUAAUGUAUUCUCUUGUUUUUCAAUUGGAUUUGUUAUUUCUUUGA